CCCCGUUCACCGCCUCCUCCUCCCGUUCCUCCCCCGCCCCGCCCUCCCGGACCGGCCCCGUCGGCGGCGGCGAGCGGCGAUUUAAAGGACCUGAGCUGGAAAUCUCUUGUUCAAGCCAUACCCUUCAGAUUUGUGUGGGAUUGAUGUUUUGUUUGGCAAACCUGAACUCCAUGAAGAAGGGUGCCUGCCUCUGCCAGUGCCUCUGCCAGUGCCUCUGCCAGUGAGCACCCAGGUCAGAGGCUGCACAUUCCUGUCCUGCACAGCCUGUGGUAGCUUCCUCCUGUGCCCUGUUUGUGGCUGAGAGGAGGACAGGCUCUCUCUCUAGACUUGAACUGUAACAAAAAUCCCAGCCUUCACCAUGGGAGAUACCUGGCACAUUGGAUUCAUGGUACUUGUGUACUUCUGCUUUCCCAAGGGUGCUGCUCAAAAUCUUAUAAAACCUGCCAGGGACCAGGAAACCGAGCACACCCUCCUGAUCAACGAAGUCAAUGCUGAUAGCCCAGGAGUGGACACUGCUGAGUUUGUGGAGCUCUAUCACACCAGUGGGCAAACAGCCCGCCUGGAUGGCUACUACCUGGUCUUGUACAACGGCAACGGGAACCGAGCGUACAAGGUGCUGAACCUCCAGGGCAAAGUCACCAACAGCCAAGGGCUCUUUCUCAUUGGCUCCUCUUCCCUGAACCCUGCCCUGGUGAUCCCUAGGAACACCAUCCAGAACGGCCCUGAUGCCAUUGCUCUCUACUAUGGAAAAGGGAACUACAAAGAGGGCAUGAGCGUCACGAGCUAUGGACUGGUAGAUGCCCUGGUCCAUAAGACUAAGAAGACAGACAGAGCAGACACUCUGGUCAGGGUGCUGACCCCUGGCAGAGAGGCUUUCCUGGAGGACCCCACCUUCAGGGCUGUGGAUGAGUCAAUAGAGAGGUGCCGUGGGGCAGAUUCUCAGUGGAUCUUCCAAGUGGCGGUGCCCACGCCAGGCAGGGAGAACCACUGCAUCCUGACUCCUGAGCUGAACUCAUCUGCUGUCCUGAUCAGUGAGGUCCUUCCUGCUGCUUCUUCUGGCGAGUUUGAGUUCAUAGAGCUCCAGGGUCCCCACUCCACCGUGCUGAGGGACAUUGUCCUGGUACUGAUUGAUGGUCGGACCAAAGACAUGUAUUUCACUAUGGAUGUCUGUGGCCAAACCUCCCCAGACGGGCUCCUCCUGAUCGGCCCAGCACACAGCAGAGCCCCAGUGGACCUUCCGUUCCCAGAGAACACCACCCGUCCUGUCCUCAGAGCUGGCCCAAAUGCCAUUGCCCUCUACAGAGGCCACAGCAGCAGUUUUGUCCCAGGGAAAACGCUGCUGGAGACCGGCCUGCUGGAUGCCUUUGUGUACACGAGCAGUGAGGAACCGGACCCGGAGCUGCUGCAGACCCUGACCCCUGGCAGACCUGCCUUCCUGGGAAAGCGACAUCAGCCAGGAAAUGUGUCUAUGAGCCAGUGCAGCUGCUGCUCUGUGACCCGGGACUCCACAUCCUUCAUCUUCAGCAGGCCCACCCCUGGCACGUUCAAUGACUGCCCCAACAAACACUUCAGCCAGGCUCUCUCCUUCUGCCUCCAUGUAGCAGAUUGCCAGGAGUGGCUCCUGAAGCAGGAAGAGAUUCUCCUGACUCUAGUCCAGGCCCUCGAUGCAUCCAGCAGUGUUGGAGUCUCUGCUGCCUACUUCAGAGAGCCAAAAGCAGCCUGCCAGGACCUGGGGCUUGUGUUCACCGCUCUGCUGACUGCCAGGUCAGAGGAGCAGCUGAGCAGCAUUCUGCUGGCCUUCAGUACCUUCCUGGAGACACCCAGAGUUGUGAGCUUUGGUGGAAGGAACAUCACAACAGGAAGGUCCUGCCUCAGGGAUAUGAAUGUGCCUCCAGGGGUCCCAUCAGAGAUACCCGAAGGGACUCCAGUGCCUUCUGUGCAAGUGGCCAAGCUACUCAUCAAUGAGGUGAACGCAGACAACCCCGGGGGAAGAGAGGAUGCAGAGUACAUUGAACUUUUCUACACUGGACAGACACGCUUCAACCUCCAGGGAUACUGGCUGGUCCUCUACAAUGGGAAAAACAGCCGGGCCUACCGGGUGCUGGAUCUGUCUGGACACCACACAGAUAAUCUGGGUUACUUCUUGGUGGGGAGCAGCAGCAUGAGCCCAGCACCCAUGAUCAGACUGCCCCCCAACACCAUUCAGAAUGGGGCAGAUGCUGUGGCUCUCUACCAGAGCAGCACGGCGCUGUACGCAGAGGGCAUGGCCGUGACGGCGCGGGGGCUGCUGGAUGCCGUGGUGUACUCAUCCCGAGUGCCAGAGAAGGCAGAGCAGCUGCUCAGAGUGCUGCUGCCAGGGCAGAGCAUCCUCUACGAGAACGACUCUCACAGCACCCAGGAUGAGUCUCUGAGCCGCUGCCACAGCCUGAGCACAAAACUCCAGAGCAGCUUCCAGGUGACCAUGGUGACACCUCUGGGGGAGAACUUCUGCAGCAGCUCCACGGUGCCAGGCGGCCCUGUCAUCCGCAUCAGUGAGCUGUGCCUGGCCAGUGGCGCUGCCCACAUCCGCUUCGUGGAGCUGGAGGGGAAGCCUGGCACCAGCCUUGGAGGUCUCAGCUUGGUCUUCUUCUCAGGGAAGGAGGGGAAGGCACAAGCCAGCAUCCCUUUGCAGGGCACUGUUGGAGCCACAGGGCUGUUGGUGUUUGUGCUGGAUGGAGAACAUGGGCACGAUGGGACAAACCUGACCUUCAAGAACAUCUCUGCUCCUAGUGAGGGCUCCAGCACUAUUGCUUUGUACAGCACCAAUGGGAUUCCUGUUGGCAGGAAGGCAAUGCCAGAGAACUUGGUGGAUGCCUUGGUUUACACAUGUGAGCCUGGCACAGCUGGAGGACACCUGGGCUUCCUUGGGCCAGCUUACACUGUGCCCUGCAAGGGUGACAGGCCCAUGUCCCUGAGCCGCUGUGGCAAUGCCAGCACAGGACUGCAGUUUGCCCUCUCAGAGCCCUCUCCCGGAGCGCGGAACAGCUGUCCCCAGCACGCCUUCGCCACGGAUCUCCACCUCUGCUUCCUCACACCCAACUGUUCCAUGUGGACCCUGCACCACAGGAGGAUGCUGGCAAGCUUGGGAAGGGUCUUGUUGAACUCUUUGGAGGAGGAGUGCUCCUGCAGUGUCUCCGACCUCUACCUGCAAGAGCUUAACCUGACAUGUGUGGGCUCACUGGUGAAGGUCUGGGGCCAGGUGUGGGCUCAGCAGCCAGAGCAGGAGCAGUCCAUCAAAACGUGGCUCCAGGGAUUCCUGGCCAGCCCCCAUCCCUUCUCCGUGGAUGGGAGAGUUCUGAAAACCAGUCCUGAGUGUGUCACCCCCAAAAAUGUGCCAUUGGUAUCACACAAUGGUGCUUCCUUCCAGGGCUGGGAAAUUGCCCUCUUUGUCAUG